AUACGUCAUCUCUCCCGGAGCUCCGGCGACACAUCUCGGGGAGAUGGGUGAAGACUGGCGAGCCGACGAGUCGUGAAAACAAGCUCGGCUGCAUCCGCGCACGUAGACAGCGGAGAAAUCGAGGUCUGCUAUGCCGCGGUACGUGAGCUGAUAGUCGAGCCGUCGAGCGAAUCCUCGGGAGAAGUCGAGUCGACCUAGGAGCUAGUGAACACGUCGAGACAGGCGAAUCGAGGCGGAUCGGGAACGGCCGAGUGGCGUUGCCACCGAGCAGGUGUCCCUGACGUCACCUACACCAGAUUUCGCGCUCGCCUCGGCCCAAAAUGCGUCCCUCGUAGCCUGUCAUCUCGCCUGUCAUCUCGCCGACCCGUUCAAGGCUCGUCGAGGUCUUCCAGGGAGAGGUGAGACGCAUCACGGGAUUUUUCAUAACUCGCCUUCGAGCCUCCAGAGACCAUGUCCAAAAGUAAACUUCACCAUCACGUAGACAACGGCAUCGUCGCGGUCAAAAGCAAGUUUGACGCCGACAUUAUAAGGUUUUCCAUAAACCGCAACGAACCCAUCAGCUAUGAGGACUUCAAGAAGCUCUUGUCGGAGAGGCACGAUCUGGGACCUGAUUUUAACUUCUUGAUAUGGUACACCGAUCCUACCGACGGAGACCUGCUGCCCAUUAAUAACGACAAUAAUCUCGCCAGAGCUCUACUGGCUGCGAGGCCGCUCUUGAGAAUUUUUAUACAGAGAAAAGGGGAUGGGCUGGAGGACAUAAACGGAUAUGGGACUAUGAAACCGAAAAACCUGAUUUCGAGUAUUUUAGGAGGAACUCCUGGUAAACCGAAGUCCCUUGCUAUAUCUAAUCCUCAUGACUUUCGACAGGUAUCAGCGAUAAUCGACGUUGAUAUUCUUCCUGAGACCUGUCGUCGUGUGCGCCUCUUGAAGCAUGGAUCGGAUAAGCCUCUAGGCUUUUAUAUUAAAGAUGGAGAGAGCUUUCGUGUGCUCCCACCCUCGGCAGGUGGUGGUAUCGAGAAGGUUCCAGGUGUAUUUAUCAGCAGACUCGUACCCGGUGGCUUGGCCGAAAGUACAGGACUCUUGGCAGUCAACGACGAAGUUCUGGAAGUCAACGGCAUCGAGGUUGCAGGAAAGACUCUUGAUCAGGUUACAGACAUGAUGAUUGCCAACUCUUCAAACCUUAUCAUAACGGUGAAGCCUGCGAACCAGCGAGCAGCAUUGUCAGCUCCUCGGCGUGGAUCAUUCUCUCGUAACAGCCAGCUGUCAUCCGGAAGCCAUCAAUCGACACAAAGUGCUGCGACAGGUAGCGACGAGGAUGCCGAUGAGAUAGUCGACUUGACAGGUAUCACCUUACACGACGAUGGGGCCACCUCUACGUCGCAGCACCAUCAUUUGCACCAUCACCACCAUCACCACCAUAACCACUUCAGCCACGAUCAAGGGGUCUUGCAUUUAUAGACCAAGUCGCACGAGGUUUGUCAAUAAUUGAGGUUAGGUUUGACCAGGCAUGAGGUUUCCCCCCUGUUUUGUGUUCCCUGGGAUUUGUCGACCAGGCAAAAGAGAGAUUUUGGGGGGAAACGUUUACGGCAAAGUAUCCUGCGUAGUAUCCUGGCGAACCGAUGGCUCGGCUCGAGUGCAGUGCGUAACAAUGACUGAUACCUAAAAUCCGAAAGUAUUUUUAUAAAACGUAUUUAUCCAGAGUGCCUUCCAGGUUGGCUAACGCCUAGUAGAGUUUCGAGUUUGAGGUCCUCGUUUUGAAGGUUAGGAAACUUGUGUCGGACAUAACCUAGCAGGGUGUCCUCGAACCAAGGAGGAACUCGAAACGAUCGAUGUGUCACUUACAUGUACUUAAGUAACGGUGGUUUUACACGUAUUACUUCUUUUAUUUUUGCGCGAUAAUCGUUUAUGAAUUCGCAGAGAGAUUCAUAGAAAUCUGCACUGGCUGUAUCUAUUUUCAUUCCUUUUUUUAUUUGGUCUUUUAUUGAAGAGAUUUAUAUGUUAACGUACUUAAUGAGAAAAUGUGAUCUGUCGGGUGGGGAUAAUUCAAUGUCGGAGGUUCUUGUGGAUCGACGGCUUGUCAGGAAUGUCAAACGUCAUCUUACGAAUCUUAAUUCUAUAAUCCAAGUAUUAAUGGCAGCAAUUUACACGGGAAGUAUUAAGCAAUUAUCGACUAGUACUUAAUAUCACUACUCGAAGUGUACUUAAAUAGAACCCUAGACGCUCAGGAUGGAGGAAUAUCAUUGUAACGUAAUCGAGGUGUUCUGUGAGGGGGAUUUUGGACAUUGUUGUCCAGGUAAUAAUUAUGUCCUCGGUUAUUUGAGAAUUUUCAGAGCAGAUGGGAUGAUUUAUUAUCUUUGGAAGAAGUCCAACUCCAAGAAAUCUCAUCUGGAGGGUCUUCGUUCAUGGACGUAGGAUGUAUGGAGCCCACAAAAUCAGCAAUUUUCUUUAUAAGCAUGUGAAAGCAAC